AUGGUGGUCGGCAACAGAAUUAGCUCUGCCGUUUCUUUGCUAUUACUUUGCCUCUCGUUUUUAUUUUACGACAAAUUAUCGAGGAAGGACAGGACAGUAUGUGAAGGGAACUCGAUUGUUAACCCACCUUGUGUGGGGAAAACACUUGAAAUACAAAGUCAAGGAAUUUAUACGGUGAGGAGAGCGAAGGAUCGUCACGGACGACGAUUUUUGUCUGGGAAAAUUCUCUAUACAACGAACGGUAUUAGCACAUUCAACAUGGAAAGAAAACUGCUAACCUGUGGAGACGUUUCACCUAACCCAGGACCAAAAGGAAGCAAUUCCAAGUAUUACUGCAGGGAGUGCCGUAAGAAGGUCAGACGAAAUCAAAACGCUAUUAUCUGCACGGACUGUGAAGCUCGAUUUCAUGCAAAAUGUCUUAAAAUAUCUAGUUGGACAAACAAAAACAACACCAUACAGUCCAAUAACGAUUGGGUGUGUACUAUGUGCGCAUUACCAAACUUUAGUGACUCGCUUUUUGAAAAUAAUCAUUGCGAACUCACGACUCCUGAAAUAGCAGAUUCGGAAACUAACAACAAAUCAAUCUUGACUGAUAAUUUAAAACAGUUAAGGGAUGCUAAUCAUCAGAAAUGUUUAAUAGCUAGCUUAAAUGUAAACAGUCUACCGAACAAAUUUGUCGAAAUCAAAGAGUGGCUACGCUGUGGUGUUUUCGAUAUUCUCUCAAUUCAAGAAACAAAAAUUGAUAAAACCUUCCCAAAUUUUCGAUUUUACGUCGAAGGAUUUAAAUAUUUUCGUAGGGAUCGAAAGAAAGGCGGAGGCGGCAUUAUUGUCUACAUAAAAGAAAGCAUUAUUGCACAACAAAAGAAAAUUGCAUGCAAACAGCUCGAGACCAUUCUACUUCAAUUACGCAUUGGACAGCGACAAUUUGCAUUAAUCAGCGCAUAUAAACCACCCUCGGUAGACAAUAGCGCGUUCACCACUGAAUUAUCAAUGGUAUUAGACGAAGCGUUUCUAUUAAGCGAAAACAUUGUUUGCACUGGAGACUUGAAUUCUGAUUUAUUGCAGCCUCUGUCCAACAAUAAACAAGGGAAAUUCUUGCUGGAUAUUUGCGACAUUUGCGAUUUAGAUUCUCUUAUUAAUAAACCAACGCGAGUAUCAGAAAAUCGAUCGUCUUGCCUUGAC